GGCGCCGCCCGGAAACGCGCCGCCACUUCCGGCCGCGCCACUUCCGGCUUCCGGCGCGGCGGGGCAGCAGGGCCGGGGCGGGCAGCGGGGUGCAACCGGCAAAGCCGUCCGUGCCCCUCCCCCACCUCGGACGCCUGGGCCCUCUCGGGAGCGGGCAGCCUCGUGCGGCAGCGGCCAUGACGCGCCACGGCAAGAACUGCACGGCGGGGGCCGUGUACACCUACCACGAGAAGCGCAAGGACACGGCCGCCUCGGGCUACGGCACGCAGACGCUGCGCCUGGGCCGCGACGCCGUCAAGGACUUCGACUGCUGCUGCCUCUCGCUGCAGCCCUGCCGCGACCCCGUGGUCACCCCCGACGGGUUCCUGUACGAGCGCGAGGCCAUUCUGGAGUACAUCGUGCGCCAGAAGCGCGACAUCGCCCGCCGCACCAAGGCCUACGAGCGGCAGCGGGCGCAGCGGCGUCGCGAGCGGGAGCAGCGGGGCCGGGCCGGGGCCGACGCCGCCGUCCGGGGCUUCCUGGAGACCGAGGGCGCCAUCGUCAGCCGCUCGCUGCCCCAUGGCGCCGGGCCCUCGGCGCCCCCCAGCGCGGAGCCCCAGGCGCUGCCCAGCUUCUGGAUCCCCUCGCUGACCCCCGAGGCCGACGCCGGGCGGCUGCCCAAGCCGGACCCCGUGGUGCGCUGCCCCAUGAGCGGGCGCCCGCUGCGCCGCCGCGACCUGGUGCCGGUGCGGUUCUGCGCGGCGGAGCCCGGCCUGGGCCGCGUGGCCCUGCUCGCCCGCCGCGACCGCUACGUCUGCGCCGUCACCCGCGACCUGCUGGGCAACGCCGUGCCCUGCGCCGUGCUGCGCCCCUCGGGGGCGGUGGUGACGCUGGCCUGCGUCGAGCGCCUCAUCCGCAAGGACAUGCGGGACCCGCUGAGCGGCGAGGCCCUGACCGAGGCGGACAUCAUCGUCCUGCAGCGGGGCGGCACCGGCUUUGCCGGCUCCGGGAUCUGCCUGGAGGCCAAGAAGUCCCGGCCCGUGAUGCAGGCCUAGAGCGGGGGGGUCCCAACCCCCCCCCCCGGGGGCCCCCAAUCCCCCCCGGGCCCCCCGUGACCCUCCUGAGCACCCCACGACCCUCCUGAGCACCCCAAGACCUGCAUGGAAGAUUCCCAGAACCCCCCCAGAUCCUCUCCCCCCCCCCCCCCAAAUAAAUGUAUUUUUCCCUGGA